UUAUCAUGUAAGCAGAAACACUAUCCCCAGCCGAUCAUGUAGAUCAUUACCUCGGCUGGGGCACAUCGUGUCUUAUAGCCUUACGUCACAUUCGUCAUAUACCCCCAGUCCAGGUGCGGCUGAGUAGCACACGAUAGAAGAGGCUUGGCUUGACCAAUUGUUAUAAUUGUAUAUCACCAAAUUUGCCCGAUGGGUUCACAAACAGCCAGCCAUAGCUGCGAAUAAAUAUGAACGAUCGUUCGAUUUUUAUUGAUGAAUCUCAUCGAUGCGGUCUCGUUUUUAUUUAUUUAUGAUUUGAGCUUUGAGGCUUAAUACUUUCAAAAUGUGGCGUUUAUCACCUACACUUUCGGCGUGGGCAUUCGAGCUCAACCUAUUGGCAUUACAAGCCCUCAUUCCUUAUAAUACCGAUAAAAAGAAUGGCAGCCUAUUCCGCCAUAUUAGGACGCUUACAGCAAUAUGUUUCAAUGCUAUUUACCUCGUCACCAUCAAAAAACGAGCCACAGAUCCCGCUUUAGAUCCCGAAUCGGGCCGGCCCGUAUGGCGUGCAAUAUACGCUUGCCUCUUCAGCGUUUUCGUGUGCACCUUCAGGACUACUUACAAUCAUUUUACCCAGACGACCGCUUCUUUGAAGCCAUCGCGUGAAGAAAUGUCGAGCUGUUAUAGGAAAACCGAAACACGCCGACUGGUUCCCGUUUACAGAGUGUCCUAUCCAGCAUUUCGGUUUCUCGAUAAGUUAGCACUCUCUAUUCAAACGAUGGCGAAUUCGCCUGCUCCGUUGGGAAUUCCGCCCUUGGUUCAUAAUGGAAGACUCAAUGUAUCGGGCUAUUUUAAACAUCUCCUGCUGGGUCCAGUCUUGCGCUUUCCUUCAACCUUUCCAGGCAUAUCGGGAUUUUUCUGGCGUAAUAGGGGGUACAUUGUGACUAUUUUAUUUACCAUAUACAACUAUUCUUACGAGAAAAACGCAGGGAGACUACUGGCCGUAACCAUGAUUCGGGGUUUCUUUUCUUUUGAGCAAAUCGGUCCUGAGUUUCUGUGGUCUCUCACUUACCACGAUGCGCUGGAAGUGGAUGGUAUAUAUUAUGAAGUGCGAUCCGCGGCUCUAUUCUCUACUAGACUUAAGAUUCGAAUAAGGCCUACGAAGGGAUCUUCAAUGGAGAAAUAUAAACGGGAUCGUCAAGAACUGGGUUAUACAUUUUACAAUAAUGAUGAAAUUGAAGCAAAAGCUCGCCAUCUGACCAAAAUUGUGCCCAACUAUGACCACCUAACUUUCAAUUGCCAGGCGUUUGCGCAGAACUUAUUUCGCCGCAUCGUGGCCCAUGAGUUACUCCCGAAGGGUAAGACACUGCCGAUACCACCUCGACAACGGACAUUACACGGCUAUCACAACCAAAGGAGCAAUGCCUUGCUCGUUUUAGCUAUGUUUCCGAGAUUCUUUUCGCGUUCUCUCGGGUAUGUUCUCUGGCUUCCGUGGCUCAAUUAUUGGUACGAAUAUCUCAUCUUCGCGACCUGCUCUUGGCAUGGUAAGCCUGCUAGCAAUAGAGUCGCACUAUUCCAACUCUUAUCUUCUGCUGCGUUCGUGUACGUAUUCGAUCUAUAUCAGAUCUCCGAACGCAUGCGCGAGGUUUUCCCAGGCCUCGACACAAGUAUCAUAGCCCCAAUCACAGAUGCGAACACGUUACGGUGGUAUGAAUGGGUGUUGAAUUCGGACUAUUACCUCGGAAUUAUAUCAAUACCUAUUACCUUCGUUAACAUACUAGUCAAGCUUUACCUUUAUGAUCAACACGUGGAUAAAGGACUCCCGAAAAUCGUAAGAACUUCUUGGCAUAAGGAGGGCUUUGGCUUUGAAGGGAUGGAAGUAGGGGUCCAACAUUUCGCGUCAGACCAGCCCACCAAUGGCUACAAUAUUACACCAUUGGGUCUAAUACCAAAGAUCGACCACGCACGAGUAAACGCAGCAGCUGAAGAUACGGGCUUCGACAAAAGCGCAGCUCUAAGGAUUCGCAAGGGGUUCCACAAGUUGGCAGAUUUAGACAAUGAGGUUUGGACGGAUUGAUCUAAUAUUAUACACAACUACCUCGUACCUAGGGGGCAAGACGUUAUAAUAUAAUAAUGAACACAUGCCCAGCCUAUACAUAUAAAAAGUAGAUGGCGUAGUUAAGUAUCGUAUGUACGGACUU